AUGGCGACAUCCAAGACGACAACAGUAUCAUCACCCGGCAAGGUACUCCUGGCAGGUGGGUACCUCGUGUUGGACAGGGAGUACUCGGGAAUGGUCGUAGCAACCUCGUCACGCUUUUAUUCGACCGUAACCUCACUCCCUAAAUCAACAUCUCUAAACAAAGUCAUUCUUUCGGUCAGAGCUGGACAGUUUCCCAAGGAGUCGUCGACGUGGACAUAUUCGGUCAGCAUCCAGAUUGACAAACUGGUGAUCAAUCAAAUCAAUGAAGAUGAAGUCGGUAAAAACAAAUUCAUAUCCAUCGCACUGUUCCAGACUCUCUCUUUAGCUUGCGAGAGAAUAGCAACCGAGUCCAGCUCGAAAGGACUAGAUGCUGCGCAUGAGCUGCUCAGGCGGAUCACCAAUGAUGGUAAAUCGGAUGGUUUGGAUAUUGUAGUACUGGCCGACAAUGAUUUCUAUUCCCAACGGGAACAGCUCUCAGCACUGUCAUUACCAACACAGAUACAUUCUUUAUCAUCGCUGCAACCGUUCACCCCUUUACCUCGACCUAUACCGCAGACCAAUAAAACAGGUUUAGGAUCAUCCGCUGCACUCGUAACAUCCCUCGUCGCAUCUCUUCUAUCACACCUCAACAUAGUCACGCUACCGUCUUCAUCUCCUCAAUCCGAUUCCAACCAUGAUCUUCAGCUCGUCCACUCCCUAGCUCAAUUCGCACAUUGUUUGGCACAAGGAAAAGUAGGAUCUGGAUUUGAUGUAUCAUCGGCUGUGUUUGGAACUCAUAUAUAUACACGAUUCUCUCCAUCCGUUCUCUCGCCGUUAAUGGAUCGACCACUAGACUCGAUAACGUUAUCAUCAUCUACACUUCUACCUGUGUUGGAGCCUUCCCAAUGGGAUCAGAGCACCACUGCGUUCAGAUUACCAAAGGGCUUAAGGUUAAUUUUGGCGGACGUGGACGCUGGUACAGAUACUCCCUCUUUCGUUGGUAAGGUGUUGACAUGGCGUAAAGAGAAUCCAGAAGUAGCGAAGAAGCUGUGGGAUGAUCUGGAUAGAGCGAAUAGGCAGAUAGAAAGAUUGUUGACAGAGCUCGUUGCUAGAGAAGGCGAACGUGAUUACGAAGAGACCGUUAGCUGGAUGGCAGAGAGGCAUAUCGAAGAUCACAAGGAAAACCCCACAGCGGUUCUGUUGUAUGAAAUCAGGUUGACUCUCUUCCCCCUACUCCGUAAUCACUACUCUGAUCAUCCACAUCUAAAUUUCGCUAACCAAAUCGCCUUCCAGAUCAUUAGAGAUUUCCAGCGUAAAAUGUCAGAGCUUUCUGGUGUACCCAUUGAGCCACCUGAACAAACUAGAUUAUUGGAUGCUUGCUCAGAAUUGGAAGGUGUCAUCGGAGGUGGUGUGCCAGGUGCCGGUGGUUAUGAUGCUCUCUUCCUUCUAAUCGUCGACACACCCUCGGUCGUCUCGCGCGUCGAUAAGCUUUGGUCGGGGUGGAAGGAGAUGAGCGUAUGUCCCUUGUUGGCCAAGCAGAGUGAUGGGGGUCUCAAGGUGGAAGAGUUGGAUGCUGUGAAAGGUCUGAAAGAGGCUUUGAGUCGAUGA